GGGGAGGCAUCUCGGAGGAGCAGGACUCACUGCUGGCCUCGCAGCCAGAGGAGGGGGGAUUGCAGCUGAAAUCCACCCGGAAGUAGCGACUACAUCCUGGGUGAGCGGCUCCUGGAUCGGUGGGAGGUGGGGGACGGACGUGCCUGUGGCUCUGGGGGGAGUGGAGCCUGAUUGGGGGUGCAGCUGGGCUUUAAAGAGCCUCCCAGGGCCCCAGAGCUGCACACUGGAAUGCCCAGGUUUUCUUUCUUUGAAGCCAGGGUUCCGUGGGUGUUUUAUUAUGCUUAGAGUUUGAAUAAUCACUGCCUUGGCUGCUUUGGGAUUCUAAUUACGCCUCUGGGAACCGUUCUGUCCUCCCUAACCUUGGUUCUGAACUGGAAAUUAGUAAUAAUACCUAAUAAUAGCGUUUCUGUAGUGCGUUAAGGUUUGCAGAGCCCUCCAAAAGGAUUUCAUUUGAUCUUCACAACAACCUUGGAAGGCAGCUGCCACCAGAGAGGCACCUGGAAGCUUCUCCCCACUCCCGGGUCACUUCCAGAGCAUAGCAGAUGGAGAGGGUAGCGGCCAAGAAGACAGAGAGGUGUCCUUUAGAAGAAGGGAAAGAGGAGCCCGAGAAAGGCGACGCCUCCCAGGAGGAAGAGGAGGAAAGCAGGAAGAAGAGACCCCGGACCGAGAAGGCAGAGACAGACAGCAACUUGGCGGAGGGAUACCACUGGCAGAAGAUUCAAGCCGAGAGCCUGGACUGCGACUACACAGUCCUGUUCAGCCGGGAGGAGGCGGACUCCCUCCUGCAGACCCUGGAAAAAGAAGUGGAGUAUUUUGAAGGCGAUCUUUCCAGAGUGCACGUGUAUGGGAAGUGGCACAGGAUCCCGAGGAAGCAGGCCACUUACGGGGACGAGGGGCUGACCUACACCUUUGCGGGCCUCACCCUGUCUCCAAAGCCCUGGAUCCCCGUCCUGGAGCACAUCCGAGACCGCGUGACCGACGUGACUGGGCACGCCUUCAAUUUUGUGCUUAUCAACAGAUACAAAGACGGCUGUGAUCACAUUGGUGAGCACCGGGAUGAUGAGCGAGAACUGGCUCCCAAGAGUCCCAUCGCCUCGGUCUCCUUCGGAGCCUGCCGAGACUUCUUCUUCCGGCACAGAGAUUCCCGGGGGAAGGAGCCCUCCCGGCCCGUCGAGGUGGUGAAGCUGCAGCUAGCCCACGGGAGCCUCCUCAUGAUGAACCACCCGACUAACAUCCACUGGUACCAUAGUCUUCCCGUCCGAAAAGGGAUCCUGGCUCCCCGGGUCAACCUGACAUUCCGUAACAUUGUCUUCUCUAAAAGAUAAGUGCUUCUCUUAACGCUCAUCAAGUCUUGAUCUUUUUGACUGAAAAAUCAAUUUUCCUUACGGUUCUGUGUCAAAAAGGGUAAAUUGACUUUUCAGACAGUUAACUGUAUGUGAAAUAAAGCACAGUAGCCAACCUAGAAUGGAAACUUUAAAAAAGAAUGAAGCCGCACGUGUUGAUUUAUUAAAGGACUGUCGUCUCCCA